AUGCAUCGCUGGCUCAUCUCCAGCUGCGGCGACAUGCGGCCGGUCCGCCGCCGCGUCCAAGACCAACAAGGUACCUACGCGCGCCCUCGCAUGCAUGCUCAGUUUCCGAUCGCUCUCCGACGUGCACCAUUGAGCAUUGUGUUCGUACUUCGUGCAGACGAGCCGCGGCCGCGUCCGCGGCGCGCGGCGGCGUCGUCCACGCCUCGGCUGCGGAAGACGAGCUCGGAGCCGAUGAUGCUGUUGGUGCCCAAGGACCUGGCGGAGUUCCGGGCGAUGUCGGCGUACGGGCACCUGAGGCUCUUCACGCACGACCAGCUCCGGCAGGCCACGGGCGAGUUCAGCCCGACGCAGAUCAUCGGGGAGGGCGGCUUCGGGGUGGUCUACAAGGGGAUGGUGGCCGGGGCGGAGGUCGCCGUCAAGAAGCUCAACCCGGAUGGCAUCCAGGGCGACCGGGAGUGGCUGACGGAGGUGAGCUGCCUGGGGCAGUACAGCCACCCGAACCUGGUGGAGCUCAUCGGGUGCUGCUGCGAUGACGACCACCGGCUGCUGGUGUACGAGUACAUGGCCAAGGGCAGCCUCGAGAACCACCUCUUCCGCCGGGCGUGCAGCUUGUCGUGGACGACCCGGGUGAAGAUCGCCCUGGACGUGGCCAGGGGACUCGCCUUCCUCCACGGCGCCGAGCGGCCCAUCAUCUACCGCGACUUCAAGACCUCCAACAUCCUGCUCGACGCGGAUUUCAAGGCGAAGCUGUCGGACUUCGGGCUGGCGAAGGAGGGCCCGGUGGGCGGGAAGACGCACGUGUCCACGCGGGUGAUGGGCACCUACGGCUACGCGGCGCCGGAGUACGUGGCGACGGGGCACCUGACGGCGAUGAGCGACGUGUACGGGUUCGGGGUGGUGCUGCUGGAGAUGCUGGUGGGGCGGCGGGCGCUGGAGCCCAGCAGGGCCGGCCGGGCGGGCAACCUGGUGGACUGGGCGCGGCCGAUCCUCAUCCGGGGCAAGAAGCUGGAGAAGAUCGUGGACGCCAGGAUGGAGCGGCUGGGGCCCUACUCGGCCAGGGCGCUCGAGCGGGUGGCAAGGCUGGCCUACGACUGCCUCAGCCAGAACCCCAAGGUAAGGCCGGCCAUGGGCAGGGUCGUGCUCGUCCUCGAGGACGCGCUCGCUGCCAGAGUGGAAGACGACGACGUCGUGCGCCGCGACGGCCGUGACAGCGGCGACGCGUCUCCGGCGCGGUGA